UGAUCGAUUUGUUGUGGUCGCAGUAAAUAAACAUGAAUCUGGCUGACGCACUUCUGCUUUAACGUCUCAUUUUUGCGCAGAUUAUCCGCUCAGCUAACGGAAGUGUUCUAACUGCUCACAUCGUCUCUCAAAAGCGAUAAAAUACAGCGGAGGAUAUUUAAGCGCGGGUUUCGGGUUUGACGCUAGUGACGAGCGAAGUGACGCUGGCUGUUAACCGAAAAAACAAGUGAUGCUUCGCUGGAUUCUUGGUGGUCGGGAAGCUCAGGGUUCAGUGGAGAAAGGCCCUGUGUUGUGCAUCGGAGAGGAACAGCCCAAAAACUGGUUCACUGAGCUGCAGGUGCUGAAAGGACAUUUUGACAUUGUUCGAUUUCUGGUGCAGAUUGAUGACUUCAGAUGUGCCUCAGCAGGCGACGACGGCCUUGUUUUGGUGUGGAACGUCGAGACCGGGGAGAGGCUGCAGGAGCUGAGGGGCCAUUCUCAGCAAAUCACAGCCAUGACCACCUUCACCUGUAACAAAGGAGGCGCGUCGCACACCUCGCUCAUCACGGCCUCGUCGGACCGAAGUCUCAGUCUGUGGGACCCCGAUACCGGCCACAGGGUUCAGACUAUUUCCGAUCUGCAGUCCUCUGUGAAGUGCUUGCUGGUGCUGGAGCGGCUGUGUGUGUGGGUCUCCGGCGCCGAGGAGCUGUGUGUGUGGAACGAGGACUUUCAGCUGCAGUGUCAGAGUCAGAACCACAGCGACGCUGGAAUUACUGCUUUGAUAGAGCUGCCCAAGAACUGCAUAGCAGCUGCUGUGGAUAAAGACAUCGUGAUCUUCAGGCUGACGGUCUCCACUGAUUCCUCCAUGUCGGUGGCGGAGGUCCGCCGCCUGUCCGACCACCAGGACCGGAUUCGAGCUCUCAUCAACGUCAACGACGGGCUCUUCGCCAGCGGCUCCCACGCCAGCGAGUUGAUCCUGUGGGACGCCAUUGAUUGGAACAUCCACGGCUACGAGCACAUCCUGUGGGAGGAGUCACAAGUCGGCGCGCAGCCCGAAAUACGAUUGGCUGCUCACAAACCCAGUGAGAUGUCAAUCCAGCAUCUGACCACCAACGGCAGGCACAUCCUGGCGGCGGUGGGCGGCGGCCUGUACGUGUACAGCGUUCUCUCCAAGGCGGUGGUGGCCUACAGGAAGUGCGCCCACGACUCCAAUGUCUUACACACCAUGCUGGCCUCUGACAGCCAGCUGAUGUCCUGCUCUGAGGACGGCAGCCUGAGGAUGUGGGAGAUCCAAGACCUGCCUUUACCCGGUGAACCGGCCUCUUCAGGGUUCUUUGGAAUGUGGACCUUCGGCCGCUCGAACAAACCGCCCGGCGUCGCGCCCAAGAAGGCGGCGGAGGCCGCGGGCAUCAGGACGCUGGAGCUGACGGGCGAUCUGAUCGGACACUCGGGGGCGGUCCAGAUGUUUGUGAGCUUCGGGGAGAGCGGCCUGGUCACCUGCUCCACGGACCACCUGCUGAUCCUGUGGAAGAACGGAGAGCGGCAGUCCGGCCUGCGCAGCCGCGCCCUGUUCCACAAGCUGGAGGAGAGCGGAGGCCUCUGACCUUUUGACCUUUUAACGAGUCACUGUGAUGAUUAUUGAUAGUUGAACGGUCGCCGUUUGCCCCAUGACAAAGUAUUUAACAUUAAAACUGAAAAUCAAAAUGA